CUCACUCACCGCCACCACAAUGCCGGCAAACCCUUCUUCCCUCCUUAUCCUCCACCCGCGUCUCAACGUCUAUCUCAAGCCCUUCGUUCUCUCUCUCCCUCACUUCUCAUCUCCAACCCUCUCUUUCAAUCGCGCUCGCAGUUUUCCCAUUCCCAGACAUCCGUUUCCGAUAGGCCCUACUAGAAACUUCUCUUCCUUGUCGUCCACUUCGGUAGCACAGUGUUCGGGCGAGAAUGGCGGUGACGGAGGUAGGUCCGGUGCGCUAUCUCCGCCGCCGAUCACCGAUGUGGUGCAGAAGAUCGACGUCAAUCCUCCCAAGGGAACCAGGGACUUCGCCCCCGAGGAAAUGCGCCUCCGCAGUUGGCUCUUUCAGAAUUUCCGAGAGGUUUCGCGGAUAUUCGGGUUUGAGGAGGUUGAUUUUCCUGUGCUGGAGUCGGAGGCGUUGUUCAUUAGAAAAGCCGGGGAGGAGAUUAGGGACCAGCUAUACUGUUUUGAAGAUCGGGGAAAUCGUCGAGUUGCAUUGAGGCCUGAGCUCACUCCUUCUUUGGCGAGGCUGGUGAUACAGAAAGGAAAAUCUGUGUCCCUCCCGUUGAAAUGGUUUGCUAUAGGACAGUGUUGGCGUUAUGAAAGAAUGACAAGAGGACGGCGCCGGGAGCACUACCAGUGGAAUAUGGAUAUUAUUGGUGUACCUGAGGUGACGGCUGAAGCAGAACUUAUUUCGUCUAUCGUCACAUUUUUCAAGCGAAUUGGAAUCACAGCAUCAGAUGUUGGAUUCAAGGUUUCUAGUCGAAAGGUUUUACAAGAAGUAUUGAGGUGCUACUCUAUACCUGAAAAUUUAUUCAGCAAGGUUUGCAUAAUCAUAGACAAGAUAGAGAAGAUUCCACUGGAUGAGAUAAAGAAAGAGUUGACGUCUACUGGUGUAUCAGAAGAGGGUGUUGAGGAGCUAUUGCAAGUUCUUUCCAUUAAGUCACUGGCGAAAUUGGAAGAGAUACUUGGAAGUGCUGGGGAAGCUGUUGCUGAUUUGAAGCAGCUAUUCUCGCUUGCUGAAAAGUUUGGUUAUUCCGAGUGGAUUGAAUUUGAUGCAUCUGUUGUUCGUGGGCUUGCUUACUAUACUGGUAUUGUUUUUGAGGGUUUUGAUAGAGAAGGAAAGUUGCGAGCCAUUUGUGGUGGUGGGCGAUAUGACCGGUUACUCUCAACUUUUGGUGGUGAGGACCUUCCUGCAUGUGGCUUCGGAUUUGGUGAUGCUGUUAUAGUAGAAUUGCUCAAGGAGAAGGGACUUGUACCAGAACUCAGCCUCCAAGUUGAGAAUAUUGUGUGUGCUCUGGAUGUUGAUCUUCAAGGAGCAGCUGCUAGAGUGGCUAGCAUACUCAGAGAAAAAGGCCAAAGUGUAGAUUUGGUCUUGGAAAGCAAACCACUUAAAUGGGUUUUCAAACGAGCUGCACGGAUAAAUGCUUACAGACUGAUAUUGGUUGGAAGUUCAGAGUGGCAAAGGGGCAUGGUUAGUGUAAAAAUCCUUUCUUCUGGUGAACAGAAUGAAGUCAAGCUUGAUGAACUAGAGUGAGAAGUUCUGAUUUUAUGGAACUUACGUCUUCUAGGCUUUAUUCUUGAUAGUUAGGUACAACCUUUGUGGAUUCAUUUUUUUAUCUGACAUUAGGUACUUGCGUAUUUUUGGUAGAAACAUCAAUGAAUUUAACUCAUUUUUUGCGCAUGCUUUGUAUGAUAAUAAUGAUGGCAUGCUUUAACUACUGCGAUUAUGCACAAUACUAUGUGAACAAGGUGUUU